AUGGAUCAAGCAGAUGAUUUAAAAGCAUUUGAACGUCGUAUGAUUGAGAUAGUUUCUUCUCUACAACCAUCUAUAUGGCUAUGGCGUUUUAUAUUAUUAGUUCUUGUCUUAGUUACUUUUAUUACAUGUUAUGCUUUGAUGGUUGAUCUAUCAUUUUCAUGGCCAUCAUCACCAUCAUCGAUAACUACACCUCCUAUAACAAAAGAAUUAAAGAAUGACAAAUCAUAUUCAUCAAUAUUCUUGUUCAAUUUAUUUCGAAAAGAAAUUUAUUUUACUUUUUCAUUUGGUCUACUAAUCUUUACAUUUUUAUUUGGUAUACAUCGUAAAAUGUUUGCAUCAUCAAUAAUAAUUGCAAGAUUUCGUUAUAUACUUGCUGAUUAUAAUAUGUCUUGUGAUCCUACUGGUCGAUUAGUAAUCAAACCAAGACCAGCGACACGUGUCGCAGGAAGUUUAUGA